CAGUAGAUGUCAACAAAAACAAACCGUGUUUAGCAGUAUCAUCUGAUCGGCACUCGUAAGCUAGCACAUGGAAGAACGGGCCAGCUUGUGAAAUUUGAACUCGUUAUUGAUUUUCGGGCCAAAGUUGUGAAAUAUCCAGACAAUGAAUAGUAUCGGUGAUAAUUGUACUGAAUUGAAGAAAAAGUACGACAGCUGCUUUAAUCAGUGGUUCUCGGAACGGUUUCUCAAAGGGGACACGGAUGAUUCGGUGUGUGCUCCGUUGUUUAAAAUAUACCAGCAGUGCGUGAAGGACGCCAUGAAGGUGCAGCACAUCGAAUUUAAGGAAAUUGAAGGAGACGUUUUAGGAUCGGACAAAGAACAGAAGGUUCCACCCAAAUCCGGAAGCAGUAGCAGUUGACCCUAGAAUUCCAAACGGUAUUGCAUUUCCAGCAACCAGCACCUGAGAUCAAUUCCUAACUUCACCCUCCCAGUUCCAUGGACUUUGUGGAUGCUAAUUCAUUGGGGUGCAAACGGGGGCAGGCCGGUGAACGCGUGAUAUUUAAUGUAAACUUGUGCUGCCCACCAUCAAGCAUCAUGUUUUUCGAACAGAGAAUUACAAUGACCAUAUUCGCUUCUAGUCGAAGGGUGUUCGUAAGUCUUACUUUAGUGAAAAGUAGUUUAGUGUACGUUUAAGAAUAACCGUUGUUUUAUUUAGUUAUUCUGGCUGAAAAUAUAUGUAUGUCUACAACACGAA